CGUCUUCAGCUAUGUGGCAGGAGAGGAGGGGUGGUGGUAGUGCGGCACAACAGCACGAUUGUUCCCCUGUUCUUCUGCUGCUGCUGCGCCUUCACUCGUGGAGUUGAGAGCCUGGGCAGUACACGCAUUUCGCAGCUCAGCACAGAACAGUGGUGCUACUGAUUUCGAGCAGCAGUGGCAGAGUGGCUGCAGUGUGGCCAAAAGGAAGAAGGACAGAGGAGGAGUUUGGAAAGUAAACAUCUCUCAGCUUGACUCAUGCUCACAAAGGCGCAGACCAGCUCGGCUGCCUCAUACUUAUCUUCAGUCCUCCUCACAGCUUGGUGAAGACAGAAGCAGGACUUUGGAUGCAGGUUGUAUAUUGGCUGCUGUGCCUUGGCCUGGCAGGGGCAUUUGCUGUGCUCCACAAAGACCAGGUGGCCCAGCAUGCCAUCAAGCUUUAUUGGACCAAGGGGGCCACACACGGCCACAGCUGGGUGGCCGGCAACUGCAAGCGGCUGGUGGGUCUGCUGCGUCAGAAAAAUGUGGUUGUCAAGAAGCUGGAGGCUGCUGCUGAUGCUGUUGGAAAAGACCGGAGCCUUUCAGAGCCUGAGAAACACUUUCAGGUUCACACUCUGGAGGUUUUCCAAAAGGAGCUGAACGAGAGCGAGCACCUGGUGUUCCAGGCGGUGCACAGCCUGCAGAGGGCGCUGCAGGGAGACUAUAGGGAUGUGGUCAACAUGAAGGAGAGCAGCAGACAGAGGCUGGAGGCCCUCAGGGAGGCAGCCAUAAAGGAAGAACAGGAGUAUGUGGAGCUGCUGGCUGCUGAGAAGCACCAGCAGGAAGCUGUUAAGAACGCUUUGACCCGUAACAAGACUCUGUCCAUCCUGGAUGAGAUCUUGGAGGAUGUCAGGAAGGCAGCCGACCGACUGGAGGAGGAGAUUGAAGAGCACGCCUUUGACAACAACAAGCAGCUGAAAGGAGUGAACGUAGAGGCUGUGCUGAGAGUGGAAGAGGAUGAAGAGAAUGGAAGCAAGAGGAAGAACAAGUCCAGGCAGAAGGAAGUGGAGGAUGACCUGGGACUGAGCAUGCUCAUUGACUCGCAGAACAACCAGUAUGUUCUGACUAAACCACGAGACUCAACAAUGCCAAGAGCCGACCACCACUUCAUCAAAGACUUGGUGUCAGUGGUGAUGUUGUCUCUGCCUUGUGGCUGGAUUUGCAGUCUGGCGGGUCUUCCUCCCAUGUUUGGAUAUAUCAUCUGUGGGGUCCUGCUCGGUCCUUCUGGCCUCAACAGCAUCAAGUCUAUGGUUCAGGUGGAGACUCUCGGGGAAUUGGGUGUGUUUUUCACUCUCUUUGUGGUCGGACUGGAGUUUUCACCUGAGCGCCUUCGAAAGGUAUGGAAGACUUCAGUUCAGGGUUCCUGCUCUCUGAGUCUGCUGAUGGUAGGAGCCGGUUUGCUGUGGGGACAAGUCCUGCGUAUUCGACCCACCCAGACUGUCUUCGUCUCCACUUGUUUGUCCCUGUCCAGCACUCCACUGGUGUCCCGCUUCCUGGCAGGAGGAAGCAGAGGGGACAAGGAAGCUGAACUGGACUACAGCAGCGUUCUCCUUGGGAUGUUAGUGAUGCAAGAUGUUCAGCUCGGCCUCUUCAUUGCUAUCAUGCCGACUCUGAUCCAGGCACAGAGUGGAGACUUGGACGGCUUUCUGUAUGGAGGUCUUCACGUGCUGUAUCUCCUGGCCGAGGUCAUGGUGUCUCUGGCUGCUGUGCUGCUGCUCUGUUUGCUUCUCAGAUCAUUCCUGAUUGGCCCCUAUUACAAGAAGCUCCACACGGAGAGCAAAGGCAACAAGGAGAUCCUGGUGCUGGGGAUGGCAGCUUUUGUCUUUUUCAUGCUGACAGUAACUGAACUUCUGGAUGUUUCCAUGGAGCUCGGCUGUUUCCUGGCUGGAGCUUUGCUGUCCUCGCAGGGUCACAUGGUCACAGCAGAGGUCAUGGGAUGCAUCGAGCCAAUUAGAGACUUCCUUGCCAUCAUCUUCUUUGCUUCUAUCGGUCUGCACGUGUUCCCGACAUUUGUGCUGUAUGAACUCACCAUCCUGCUGGUGCUAACUCUCACGCUCGUCAUUAUGAAGUUUAUGAUGGCCGUACUGGUACUGUCAGUGAUCUUACCUCCAGGAUCUCGCCACAUACGGUGGAUCGUCUCGGCUGGUCUCGCUCAGGUCAGCGAGUUCUCCUUUGUUCUGGGCAGCCGUGCGCGUCGAGCUGGCAUCAUCUCCAGAGAGGUGUACCUGCUGGUCCUCAGCGUCACCACUCUCAGUCUGCUUCUGGCUCCGCUGCUCUGGAAAGUGACCACACACAAAUGGGUUCCCCGCACCGAACGCAGACAAGUCACAUGACCACACUGACUUCAGGGCCAAAGGGUUCCCAUGUGAGUUUUGCAAAAGCAGCAGUGGCAUCGGAAGAAGUCUUAUUUCAUUCCUGCAGGACCAAAUCUCCCUCUUCUUCUUCUUGUACUGAUUCAAUCUACUGCUUUAGAGGAGAGAGAGUAAUCAUUAGCUACAUUUUGACUUGAGGUCCUUGAUUAAAGCCUCCUUCAGACUGUUAGAAAUGUCUUCAUUACAGUUUCUCCAUUCCAAGCAUGGUCUAAACUGGUGUAACAUAUACUGUACUGUAUGUGCUAAAUAACCCACACUGUAUUUGAUGUCACAUGCUCAAAUCGAAUCUAGAGAAUUGUAACAUGACUGAACCCCUUUAAUCUUUGGGGUAAAAAUCUGGAAGGCUCAGCGGUAUCUGCUGCUUAAAAAAAAAAAAAAAGAGAGGAAGCACAUGUUUAGAGGAGAAGUACAAAAGAUCAGAGAUCCUUCGGGCUCUGAUGCGUUUAAGAUCACAGAUGCCCUCCUUCUUAUUUUCAGGCACUUAUAUCAGACAUUCCUUCAUUUCUGCAGUUUGAUCUUUAGAUUUGCCUCCUUGUUGAAAUCACAUGACACUUCAACACAUCUCCAAAUUUUUUUUUUUAUGAAUAAGUAAAAUUCUUGGAAUCAUUUUUGUAUAAUUUAAAAUGGCCUUCAUCUUUCCUAUAGAUGACUAUAUUAAUAUUUACUUUUUCUUCUUCAGAUUUCAGUUAUUGUAGACAACACACUGUGCUUCUAACUGACAUGAAACCUUCUGUGUGCUGUAUUUAAUCAGAUGUAGUUUAUGCUGAUCAUUACAUUCAUACUGUGAAUUUAGUUAUAAUAGCACACUGAAAACUGUAAUUUGUAACUCUCUUUCCUUGUUAAAUUUUAGAAAACAUGGUACGUCACACUACUAAAAAACACUCCGAAUGUAGAUAAUAAAAUACCUAAAUAGGGAGCAGAAAUGCAUCAGACACUAAUGACAACUCUUCACUGACAUUACAUUUAAAUACAAAAUGCACUAGUUGACCCUGAAUGUCAGACUUAUGUGCCUGCUCAGCACUUCUCUGCACUAAAAACAAGACUCUGAGGAGUGCAUUCCUGCCGUCGGAGCGCACAUCUCAUGCUGUAAGCGUCUCAUAGUUCAUGAAGUGCAAUGUAAAUGUGUGACAAACAGCCACAUGUUACUAAAUAUUUUUUAAUAUUGAUCUCAAAUACUUUCCUGCAGUAUGCAGACUGAGAAGCUGCUUUUUUUUUUUAAUUUAAAGUUUACAUACGUGUGUUGGUGGUGGUGGUGACUCAGACACAAGGAAGUGCUGUUUUUGUCCAAUGUUUGUGUAUUUUUAAACUGCUGA